UGGCUCAGGCUUUAAGCUCUUGGUUGUCACUCCCUGCUUGGUAGGAGCUGCAUUGUGCUUUUGCAUCAGCUGCAAAUGGUUACAAGUUAUUAAUUGAAAUGAGACUUCAAGCCAAGCAUCUUGUGUUCCCUUUGCAGAAACGCAGCUGAAUGGAGCUGAAAGGGCCACAGAUGCAAGAACUUGAACACGGUGCUGAAUGUUUAAGAUGUAUCUGACUGACUUCCUAACCUUAUUAAUAAGGAAGAGUAUUUCAACAGAAGCUUAGGAUAUCUUGACUCCAACUUAUUAAUAUACUAACUGGAACGGUGUUCAGAGAACAAUUCUCCGUAUUAAAGUAUUUCCUGUGCUACAGAACAAUAUUAAUUUCUCUACUGAUAAUGCAACCCAAUGGAGGAAAGUAAUGUUUUAAUAAACAUGCGGGAAGAUCGUUCCUUUCAUGUUCGGUACAGGAUGGAGGCUUCCUGCCUGGAGCUGGCUCUGGAGGGCGAGCGCCUCUGUAAGGCAGGAGAUUGCCGAGCUGGUGUGUCUUUCUUUGAAGCAGCUGUGCAGGUCGGGACAGAAGAUUUGAAGACGCUCAGUGCUAUUUACAGCCAGCUCGGCAAUGCCUAUUUCUACCUGCAUGAGUAUGCGAAGGCCUUGGAGUACCAUCACCAUGACCUCACCCUCGCGAGGACUAUUGGAGAUCUGCUGGGUGAAGCCAAAGCUAGUGGGAAUCUGGGCAACACGUUAAAGGUACUUGGGAAUUUUGAGGAAGCUAUUGUUUGCUGUCAGAGACAUCUGGAUAUUUCCAGGGAGCUUAAUGAUAAGGUGGGAGAAGCAAGAGCGCUUUACAAUCUGGGAAAUGUUUAUCACUCUAAAGGGAAAAGUGUAGCUUGUGCAGGGACUCAUGAGCCAGGCGAGCUUCCAGAUGAUGUGAAAAAUGCAUUAGAAAAAGCUGCAAAUUAUUAUGAGGAAAACCUGACGAUAGUAACGGAGCUGGGGGACAGAGCGGCGCAAGGCCGAGCCUUUGGGAACCUGGGCAAUACCCACUACCUCCUAGGGAACUUCAGGAGCGCAGUUAUAGCCCACGAACAGCGUCUACUAAUUGCAAAAGAAUUUGGUGAUACCUCAGCUGAAAGAAGAGCCUACAGCAAUCUUGGAAAUGCCUACAUAUUCCUGAGUGAAUUUGAAACUGCUUCUGAAUACUACAAGAGGACGUUGCAGCUGGCUCGGCAGCUUAAGGACAGAGCAGUGGAAGCGCAGGCCUGCUACAGCCUGGGGAACACCUACACCUUGCUCCAAGACUACGAAAAAGCAAUCGAUUAUCAUUUGAAACACCUGGUGAUUGCUCAGGAGUUAAAUGAUAAAAUUGGUGAAGGCCGCGCGUGCUGGAGCCUGGGCAAUGCUUACACUGCCCUGGGGAACCACGACCAAGCGAUGCACUUUGCAGAGAGGCACUUGGAGAUUUCCAGAGAGGUUGGAGAUAGAAGUGGAGAACUCACUGCUAGACUGAAUCUCUCUGAUCUUCAGAUGGUUCUUGGGCUGAGCUAUAGCACAAAUAACUCCAUGAUGUCAGAAAACCACGUGGCUGAUAAUAGUUUGAAUGGUGCCAGGCCGAGAGCAGGACGCCGUCACAGUAUGGAAAACAUGGAACUGAUGAAACUAACGCCAGAAAAGGUUCAGAACUGGAACAGUGAGAUUCUUGCUAAGCAGAAACCCCUGGUUGCCAAACCUUCAGCUAAGCUGCAUUUUGUAAAUCGACUGAAAGGCAAAAAGUACAAAACCAGCAGCACUUCCAAAGUCCUGCAGGAUGCCAGUAAUUCUAUUGAUCAUCGACUGCCAGCCUCCCAAAGGAAAAACAAUCGGGAGACAGUGGCAGAUGAGGGGUUCUUUGACCUGCUGAGUCGAUUCCAGAGUAACAGGAUGGAUGAUCAGAGGUGCUUCUUCCAGGAGAAGAACAGAUUCUCCGCUGCUGCCGUAGCCACAUCCUCUACUCCACCUAAAACAAUGAGAAAAUCGUUUUCAGCCUCCGUGGUGUCUCCCCACACAGACGAGUUCCUGGACCUUCUGGCCAGCUCGCAGAGCCGCCGCCUCGAUGACCAACGCGCCAGCUGCAGCCGCCUGCCCGGCCUGCGCCUCGACCGCCUCGUGGCCAGCGCCAACAGGGACCUGGACGACGACUUCUUUGACAUACUUGUAAAAUGCCAGGGCUCCAGACUGGAUGAUCAAAGAUGUGCUCCCCCCUCAGCUGCCAAAGGACCUACUGUUCCCGAUGAGGAUUUUUUCAGCCUCAUUUUACGAUCGCAAGCUAAGAGAAUGGAUGAGCAGAGGGUGCAUUUACCCGCAGCUAUAAAAGGACCAAGUUCUAGCUGAAGCAAGUAACAGGCUUGUUCUGUACAGUAACAUCUUACAUAUCAUUUUUGUUUGCUGGGA